GUUUUUUCGGUAUCUAAAAUAAUUUGUGUCUCCUAAAUUUAGAUGGACCGUUAUAACAUUCAAGUUGAAGCUAAAAGGAACUGAAACCAACACCUUACCGCCUAAACGAAAUGGCAGUUAGGCCUAAACUAUCUUCUCUGUCCCGCUCUCGUUCACCAUCACUGCACAACAGCAACCUCAGCCUCUCCGAACAAAUCUUACCCACACUAGAUCCAACCCACCCCAUCUUAUUCUUGCUUGACUCAUGCGCCGGCAUUCGACAGUUCAACCAGGUCCACACCCAGCUCCUCGUUUCUGGAAUCUUCCAGAACCCUCUCGCAGCUGGCAGGGCGAUCAAGAAGCUCUGCUCUGACCCCCUCACUGCCCCACGUGCCACUCACCUGUUCGAUUACGUGCGCCAGCCUGAUGCUUUCCUCUGCAACACCAUCAUGCGGAGCCACGCUCGCAGGGGCGAUUCCUCCGGGGCGCUUCGCUUCUACUACGACAGAAUGAUCUCCCGCUGUGUUGAGCCAAAUCACUACACGUUCCCGAUUCUGAUCAAGAUUUCUGGGGAUGUUGGGUCCGUGGGAGAAGGGGAAAAAGGGCAUGCCAGGGUGGUGAAAUUCGGGUUUGAAUCAGAUUUGUUUGUUAGGAACUCACUGAUACGGAUGUACUCGGUUUUUGGGAGGGUUGCGGAUGCACGUGCGGUAUUUGAGGGAAGUUCUGUGUUGGAUUUGGUGAGUUAUAACUCGAUGAUAGAUGGGUAUAUGAAGAAUGGAGGAAUUGGAGAUGCUCGCCAGUUGUUUGAUGAAAUGCCAGAGAGGGAUGUUUUUAGUUGGAAUUCGCUGAUCGCAGGGUAUGUGGAAGUUCGUGAUUUGGAGUCUGCGAAUGAGUUGUUUGAGAGAAUGCCUGUCAGAGAUGUAGUGUCUUGGAAUUGUAUGGUUGAUGGGUAUGCAAGGAUUGAGGAUGUUUUUAGGGCUCUUGAGUUGUUUGACCUGAUGCCUGUGAGGAAUGUAGUUUCGUGGAAUUCCAUGUUGGCAUUGUAUGUGCGGGUCAAGAAGUUCAGUGAGUGUUUGAGAAUGUUUGAGAGGAUGAUGGACAGUGGCGAAGUUGUGCCAAAUGAGGCUACCAUGGUGAGCGUGCUGACGGCAUGUGCUAAUUUAGGGAGGAUUGAUGUGGGCAUUUGGGUUCAUUCUUUUAUCAAAAGUAGGAACAUUAAACCUGAUGUCUUGCUUUCAACCUGUCUUCUGACAACGUAUGCAAAAUGUGGGGCUAUGGAUCUGGCUAGAGAUGUUUUUAACAAGAUGCCAGUUAAGAGCGUUGUAUCAUGGAACUCUAUGAUCAUGGCAUAUGGCUUGCAUGGCAGUGGGGACAAAGCUUUGGAACUAUUCUUGGAGAUGGAGAAGUCAGGUUUGCAGCCAAAUGAUGCUACUUUCAUUAGCGUCUUAUCUGCAUGUACACAUGCAGGUAUGGUCAUGGAGGGUUGUUGGUAUUUUGGCCUCAUGUGUCGAGUUUACAAAAUUGAACCCAAGGUUGAACACUAUGGUUGCAUGGUUGAUCUCCUAGCUCGAGCUGGUUUGGUGAAAAACUCGGAAGAUCUUAUAAGAAAGGUCCCCAAGGCUGGAUCUGUAUUAUGGGGUGCAUUGCUUUCUGGUUGUAGGACGCAUAUAGACCUAGAGCUUGGAGAGUUUGCAGCCAAGAGACUUAUUGAGAUGGAACCACUGGAUAUUGGUCCUUAUAUAAUGCUGUCAAACAUCUAUGCUGCUGAAGGGAGAUGGGAUGAUGUUGAACAUGUGAGGCUGAUGAUAAAGGGAAAAGGACUACAGAAAGAAGCAGCAUCCCAUUUAGUUCAUCUUGAAGAUUUUGAAUCAGAAUAUUUGAUUAAGAAAAAAGCUGCCUAUAGGAAAAACAUAAUUAACUCAAUGCUGGGUGAAUUGGGUGCACGGAUGAAAAUAUCAUUUGGCAAUUCAGUUGACAAAGAUAGUUUCUGAUCUUAGGUGAUCAAUUCGUCGGAAAAACCAGCAUCAUCACCCAAUUCAUGUACGACAAAUUCGUCAACACUAACAGUCUUCUGGUAUGUUACUACUGGGGACAACCCAUGUUUGUUCUCCAUCUUCAGCACUAAACAGCAUCCGUAACGACAAAGGUCCACUUGGUGGAGAGGUAGUAGUCCAGACUACUCCAUGAGUCCGAUCCAGUAACUUACAGACAAAGUUCUGCGUCUGCACACGGAUAAGGAGGCAAAAACUACCUCACAGAGCUGCACAGCAGUUAUGUCUCUCAUUCCUUGUUGAAACCAUAUGACAAAAGCCAAGUAAUUAGGAUUACUGCUGCUCUCGUAUAUCUUAAUUGUUAUGUUUUUGUUUGGGUAGCUGCAUGAAACACUUGAGAAGAAGAGAGAGAGGCCUCAGUUAAAUCUUUAAUCCAUUGAAUAUAUGUGUGUGUGUGUGUUUGUAUAUAUCUACAGCUUCAAAAGUUGAUGAUGCAAACAUGAACUCAUAGGGUUUUAUCUGUGUAGAAUUAUAUCAUACCGCCUGUAUUCAAUAUCAACUAUGCCAAGAGCUAAUAGAUAAGGAGCUGUGUCACUGGUCUGAGCCAUCCCACCAAAGGCUCGUUGACUCAGAAUGAAGUUGGUGCCAUCACCUGAGCCUUGGUCAGUUAUAACUACAGUGACACCAUUGUCUGAGCAAUAGGAGCCACAGCCAACACCAUUACGGUAAAGAUUGGAUGCAGCUGAUACAUCGCCACCAUUAAUGGUAGCACCAAAGGAACCGAAUCCGCAUGCACCAGCUAAAAUGAAUGUAAGAGGAGCAUAUGUAUCAGUUAAAAGUAUGAGCAUAUGUUAGAGCAUGUUUACUAGUUUCUCAAUUCAGAUGUGCAUUUUUGUUAUCCUUCUAGCAGCUUCAUUGACAAUGCUACAGUCCAUGCACCAAGAUAAAAUUUAUGCAUCAUGCACUAAGAUUGUCCAGUGAUAUAUGUUAGCAUAACUUUACAUUGAUAACUUCUAUUAAAUCUACAUAAUUAGAUUC